AUGCCUCCAAAGCUCGACCCCAAUGAGAUAAAGAUCAUCCACCUCCGCGCCACUGGCGGUGAGGUCGGAUCGUCUGCAACUCUCGCUCCCAAGAUCGGUCCCCUUGGUCUGUCGCCCAAGAAGGUCGGUGAAGAUAUCGCGAAGGCAACUGGUGACUGGAAAGGUCUCCGUGUCACCAUCAAACUCACCAUUCAGAACCGACAAGCGGCCGUCUCCGUUGUUCCUUCCGCCUCGUCGCUGGUCAUCAGAGCUCUUAAGGAGCCCCCUCGGGACCGCAAGAAGGAGAAGAACAUCAAGCACUCCAAGUCUAUCCCUCUGGACGAGAUCAUUGAUAUUGCACGAACCAUGCGUGGUGCCAACAAGUCACUUGCUCGUGAGCUGAAGGGAACCGUGCUCGAGAUUCUGGGUACUGCUUUCAGUGUUGGGUGCCAAGUUGAUGGCCGAUCCCCCAAGGACAUCAGUGAUGAAGUCAAGGAGGGAAGCAUCGAGAGUACGUUAUCUCAACAAGAAUUACUGCAUGGAUUUUUGGCUAACAUGAUUCCAGUCCCUGAUGAGUAA